AUGGGCAUCUUUGGCAACACGCUAAAGAAUAAAGGCAAAGGAGGCAAAAACAGGCACAGAGGUAAAAAUGAAUCUGAGAAAAGAGAGUUGGCAUUUAAAGAGGAUGGGCAAGAGUAUGCUCAGGUGAUCAAGAUGCUGGGAUGUGGACGCUUGGAAGCCACGAAGAAGAGGAAAGCUGAGAGAAAAGAUAACAAAGCUGAUGUAAUCUUAAAGUAUAAUGCAGAUGAAGUAAGAAGUCUGAAGGCCUAUGGAGAACUUUCAGAACAUGCUAAAAACAAUGAAACAGACACAUUUGGUCCUGGGGAUGAUGAUGAAAUCCAGUUUGAUGAUAUUGGAGAUGAUGAUGAAGACACUGACUAUCUAACCUGA